CAUCUAAUUUAUGGGAUAAAAAAAAAGGAAAUAUUAUGAGAGCAUGUAUCAUACUCCAUAAUAUGAUUGUCGAAGAUGAACGAGAUUCAUACACUCAGCAUAAUGCUUCUGAAUUUCAACAUGGAGAAGAUGGGGAUCCUACAUUUAAAGUUAGGAGGACUACAAAUCUCGGUAAUACAAUGGGUCGUCGAGCAGGAGUUCGGGAUAGACAAGACCAUCAACAAUUAAAAGAAGAUUUAGUUGAAAAUAUAUGAACUAAAUUUGGACAUCUCCCAAAUAACUACAAUGUUUAAGUUUCUAUGAAUUCAAUAAAAUGUUUGUUUAUUUUUUUUUUCUUUUGUAAUAUCAGUCGUUUUGUAUUAUAUGUUUUAUUCUAAAUUUAUCUUUUAUAUGUCAUUACUAAUUAUAAUAAUCUUAUUACUUUGCUAAGAUACUCCAAAAAUCCUACCAAUAAUCCUAUUAUUUUGGAUUGUCCCUAACUUUUGUCCUUAACAUCAAAAUAAGAUUAAACUAAUCUAAGGACCCAAAAAUUAAGGACACCAAUAAUGUUGCCCUUAGUUCGGAAGCCAACAAUAUCAUAUGUAAGACUAAGGCUCUGAAAAGAUUUUCUCACUGUAACAUUAUUAGCCAACUAGGGCCGGCGUCCGUGCUGCGCGCGGAUUACAUGUUUAAUAAAAAUCAGGUCAACUAAAAUUGUGUGUUUUUCGGUUUCUGAAAGGAUAAGUUAAGUUUUGUUUUUUUCAAGAAGUAUAUGAGUACAAUAAUUUAGUGUAGAUAUUAAACAAUCCAUGCAUGCAUUAAAUUCCUAAGUACGUAUACGUAUGAAAUGCAAGCUGAUCAAACAACUUAAAUAAGUUAGGAAUAAAAAUCAAACCACUUUAAUAAGAUUAUGCUGAUCAUUCUUAAACUUCAUAACAAAGCUAUGAAUAAAAACAAAACAGCUCAAAUAAGCAAACGAAACCAUAAAGUGUUUCCAAUACCAAACUGUCUUAGCAAGAAGAAAAAAAAACUGUUUAAAGAGAGAUAAGUAGACUGUUAUUAGAGAAUCAUCCUGACUGGGCAGUCUGUACCAGCCACUGAUGGAGUGAUCAUUCUGCAUGUGAUCUAGCCACUACGCUUGGUACGCUUUGCCUUCUUCUCCUCUUCAAUAGCUGAAGUGCCACCACCACUACUCUCAGCCAACUCUGUGUUCUCCACUUCUGUUCCUGGUAGCAUCUUGAGUGGGGGAUUCUUUGGUGGUAACUCUGCUGCUGAGACUAUCUUGGUGGCGGUUAAGGACAGUCUGGUAGAAGUGAAGUUGUAGUGAGCCACCUUGAUCCUGAAUCUCUUUGUUUGGCCUAUUGGAUCAAUGAAACACUGUGGCAGUGGAGCUUCAAUCCCAGCCUCAUCUCCACCAUAAUUUUGAGGUAUAACUUAUAACUAAAGAUGGAUAGAAGGGCCUACACACACAUAAUUGUGUGGUAUCUCUUAACAAUAUCUCUUUUGUUUACAUUAUUACUAAAUAAGAAUGCAUUAAUUGUGCAUGAUCUUAUAAUUAACUCCCCAUCUCCUCGUUUCAUGCAUUUCAUCUAUCCUUGAUCUCACGAUGAUCGUCUUCCUCAUCCUACUCCUCAUGCUGAUUUCAACCUCGUCACUCCCUCCGGAGUGCGAGGAAGUUUUACUCUACUGCGGCGGCAGAGUAAGCGUAAUCGGCGUCGGUAACCGGACAUGGAUGCCGGAUCAGCUGUUCAAGUGCCUUUCUACAUCCGGAGAGUCCAAAACAUCUCCCGCCCUAACGCAAGACCCCUCCGUCGUCCCAUCCGUCCCAUACAUGUCCGCCAGAGUCUUCAAAUCUCCCUUCACUUACUCCUUCCCGGUCGCAUCAGGUCGUAAGUUCCUGCGUCUCUACUUCUACCCUAACUCCUACGACGGCCUCAACGCCACUCUCUCCCUCUUCUCCCUCUCCUCAGGCCCAUACACUCUCUUAAGAAACUUCAGCGCCUCCCAGACGGUUCAAGAGAUGAGUUUGUCUUACAUCGUCAAGGAGUUCGUAGUUAACGCCGAAGGCGGGACUUUGAACUUGACCUUCACGCCAGAGUCUACUCCGUCCAACGCCUACGCGUUUGUCAACGGGAUCGAGGUGACGUCGAUGCCUGAUAUAUACCCUAAUCGGGUCUUCACGAUUGUAGGUACUUCGAAGCCUAUUGCUAUGGAUAAAAACACCUUCCUUCAGAUGGUUUACAGGGUAAACAUCGGAGGAAGGGGUAUUUAUCCAUUUGAAGACCCUCUAUUUAGGACGUGGUACCAGGAUCUGUUCAUCUACAGUCGUGGAGACAGAGUUACUGGCGCCGUUGUCAGUGAAUCCGUACAUUCGUACGCGCCCGAGGAGGUUUACAGUUCCGCGAGAGCCAUGGAGAGUUCCUUGGCAGAAGAAAACCUGAAGUUCAACCUGAGCUGGAGCUUCACCGUGGACUCAAGGUUUCACUAUCUAAUAAGACUGCAUUUUUGUGAGGUUGCGCCAGGUGUCGACAAAAGCAACCAGCGAGUCUUCUCAAUCUUUCUCAACAGCGCAACGGCUGAGCCCAAAGCCGACAUCGUUGAAUGGUCCGGUGGUCAAGGUUUGGCGUUGCACCGGGAUUACAUCGUGGACGUCGCCAGUUACAACCGAAUAUCAGUCGAUCUUCAUCCAAAUGAGGAUAGCCUCUACUAUGACGCGACACUCAAUGGUCUUGAGAUUUUUAAGUUGAACACGUCGGAUGGAAACCUUGCUGGGCCGAAUCCCUUACCGAGUCCACCCGUGACUCCACAACCACAUAAAUUUAAACGAGUCACACCCCACCGUUUAAAGAAGGCGCUGAUUAUUGCAGGUUUGGUUUUAUCAGCUGUGGUAGUAUUAGGAGUUGUUGUUGCUGUUGCUGCUGCUGUUACUUUCAAAUAUAGACAUAGACGUACGGCUCAGUCUCCUCAGCCUGAGCCUGCAACAGCUUGUUGCCGCCAUUUCUCUCUGGCUGAGGUCGAAGCAGCCACCGAGAACUUCCAUGAGUCCCGGCUGAUAGGUGUUGGAGGAUUCGGGAAAGUUUAUAGAGGACAACUGGAUGGUGGAGACGUGGCCAUAAAGAAAGCUACUCCAAAGUCUAACCAUGACUUACACCAGUUCCAGACUGAGAUCGAGACACUCUCCAAGCUUCGGCAUCGGCAUCUGGUCUCUCUGACCGGAUGCUGCGAGGAAGAUGGGGAAUUGAUUCUAAUUUACGACUUCAUGAGUGAAGGGACAUUGAAAGACCAUCUGCACGGGUCUUCUUCGAAUGUUCCUCUUCUUCCUUGGAAGCGCAGAGUUGAGAUUUGCAUAGGAGCGGCUAGAGGGCUGCAUUAUCUCCACACGGGAGCCAGCCAAACCAUUGUCCACAGGGACGUUAAGAGUACCAACAUACUAUUGGAUCAAAACUUUGUUGCCAAAGUCUCCGACUUCGGGUUGGCCAAAUACUAUAUUAGCCGUGACAACACGCAGGUAAUCUCGAAUGCAAAAGGAACUGUCGGCUAUAUGGACCCAGAGUACUACGGAGGUGAACGUCUGACGGUUAAGUCAGAUAUCUACGCGUUUGGCAUAGUUCUCUUAGAGGCAUUGUGCGCACGGCCCGCUGUGGACGUCUCAUCAGCAGACCAGCGUGUGAGCUUAGCUACGUGGGCACAAAACUUCUACAAGAAAGGCAUGCUUGAUCAGAUGGUUGAUCCACGCCUCAAAGGUGACAUUAACUCUCAGUCCCUGAAGAAGUUCGCCGAAACGGCAAUCAAUUGCGUUCGUAGGAGUGGGGUAGAGAGACCCUCGACGGCUGCAGUUCUCGUCAACUUGGAGUUGGCGUUGAAGCUGCAAGAAGAUGGUCUAGACCGGAAAAAAACUAUCUGUAGAGAAUCGGACAUGGAUUCUGAUGUGCAUGAAGCAGGUUACUCGAGGAGCAGUGGUAGAAGUAACGGUAGCAAACAUUUUGAUGGACUCUCGUUAAGGCAUGUGUUUUCUCAGAUUUUAAAAUCCUAAGUGACGUUAGAGUCAAUGUUUUUAUCUUCUCUCUGAGUUUUUGUCUUUCUAUUUAUCUUUCAAUAUUGUAAUAAAGUAGCAACUGGAUUCUGUUAUAAUGCGAUGCCCAUAUUUGAAUAUUGUAAUAUGCAAAUAGUUUAAUUAUUGACAUAUAUUCAUUCGGACUAAUUGGCUUCCGAAGAAAAGGAAUAGAAAUGACGCCACAUCCGAAGACUCCAUCAUCUCCUCCUCCAGACCAGUUAGAUUCAUCCAUGUCUUCCUGUGUCUUUUAUAUAUUUUUUUGGUCCUUGCAGUGUUUUGCUUAAAACUUAAGAGAUUUGGCUUGUGCUGUAUUA